AUGGAUGUCGAUAUUGAUUUAAAGAACGCUAAUAAGUGUCAUAUUUGUAAUAAAGAUUUUAUUCAGGAUGGUGGAUACGAGACAAGUCCUGCACCUUCAAUACCUUCAAAUGCUUCAUUUGAUUUGGACGACUCUAUCGCGGAUCCAAUGUAUGUUCCUUCAGUUAGUCCUAGUAAUAAUAGUGAGUCUGAUAGGUCAAAUGAAUAUGAUAUUAAUUUUGGAGAAAGACUAAUUAGCUCAAGCCCAUUACCUUCUUUAUUCACUGAGAAAUGUGAACCAAAAAUUAAGAUUCUGAGUAAUAUUACUUUAACUUCCAACAAUAAUUCUGAAAGUAUUACCCAAUCAAAAAAUGAGGAACCCCAUAAUGAUGAAGCUAUAGAGAACUCGUUGCAAUAUUUACUUAAAAAAAAGAAAACGUAUUGUAAAUUUUGUCAAAAUGAAGUGACCAACUUUGAGCGUCAUCUAGAAAGAAAUCAUACUGAUGAAAAAGAAGUCCAAGAUAUGUUAUCAUAUUCAAAAAAACAUCCGGAACGAAAGAAAAUCAUAGGACUUAUAAGAAAUUAUGGUAAUUUUAAAGAAUAUUUAAAAGGAAAUUUACGACCGAAGUACAGUUCUAAACUUCCGAAAAAUACAGAAUAUUACCCAUGUUCUCAAUGUAGAGUGUUGCUUACAAAAAAUUACUUACCACGUCAUCAGAAAAGAUGUGUUGUUCAAAAAAUUAAUGAUAAUAAGUUUAAUCCGAAGUCCGCGUCACAGACUCUUGUCGCUUGUGCUUUGGAUCAAAAUAAUACUCUACAUAAGUUGAGGGUAAAGGAAGAGGUUUUUUCAAAAAUGAGAGCCGAUCACAUAUCUCUUACCGCAAAAACAGAUAUUUUAAUAUGCCAUUUUGGCGAAAAUUACCUGAAAAAACACAAAAGAGAGCAACUACAUUUGGCAUGUUCAAACAAAAUCAGAGAACUGGCCAGAUUUAUAAUAGAAUUUAGAAAACUAACAAAUAAUCCAAAAUACUGCUUACAAGAUAUAUUUAUCCCACGACUUUUUGAUACAGCUAUAGAAUGUGCUAAGAAAAUAGGAGGUUAUGAUGCGACAACGAAAUCUUACCGUUCCCCCAGCUUAUCUGCUCAUAUUGGCACUUCUUUAAAACAGUCUUGUGACCUUUUAAUUCGUUUAAUUUUAAAAGAAGAUGAAUCAGUUGUUUUUAAAAUAAAUAAUAAAGAGGAAACUUUAAAGAAUGUUAAGCGAUUUAGAGAGCUUAUCGAAACACAAUGGACAACAGAAAUUAGUAGCCUUGCGUUUAAGGAUUUAAAUGAAAAAAAAUGGAAUAAACCUAUAAUAUUGCCUUUGACUCAAGAUAUUUUAAAGUUUAAGAAUUAUGUCACUGAAAUUGCUAAUAAAGCAGUUACCAAUCUUACAUUAGACAAAAAUAACAAAAAAGAAUUUAAAAAUCUUGUUGAAGCUUCCUUAACUUUAACAAUCCUUUUUAAUAGAAGACGUAUUGGAGAUGUUCAGUAUACAUUACUGAAAACAUAUACUGAAAAUGUAAGUACUGUUACUUCUGUUAACUUAAAAGAAUUUGAAAAUGCUUUGACAGAAUCAGAAAAAAAUUUGACAAAGCACUACAAAAGAUUAGUAACAGGAGGAAAAGGCAGUAGGGCAAUUGCGAUACUACUGCCAAUUACAUUACAAACAUACAUAGAUUUGUUCAUUAAAAUUCGUUCUGAAACAAAUUUAGUACCCGACAAAAAUCCUUAUUUAUUUGCUUGUCCCGGUACUGUUAAAUGGACAAGAGGAGACGUCAUAAUACGCAGGUUUGCCAUGAAUGCUGGUUUGAAAUACCCUCUUCAAAUGUCAUCUAAUAGGUUCAGAAAACAGAUUGCUACUGUUAUGCAAAUCCUUAAUCUUAAUAAAGAAGAGAGCGAACAAUUUUCCACGUUUAUGGGACAUACCGAAAAAACCCAUAACGAGUUUUACAAGCUACCCCAGGAUGUAUACCAAACAGCAAAAAUCUCGAAACUUUUAUUACUUAUGGAGAAAUCUGGGAAUACAUCAAUACAACAAUUUAAAGGAAAAUCUUUAGCAGAUAUUGAUAUUAAUCCAGAUGAAGAAUUUGCUGAAGAGGAUGCUGAAGAGGAUGCUGAAGAUUAUGAUGAUAAUGAUAUUUUUCCUUUUAAGGAACCAGUUACUAGAGAUGAAGAAAUAAAUGAAGCCCUAACUCCAAACCCAUCAAAAAUUAAGACUAGAAUUCCCUGGACCCUUGAACAGAUAAAAAUAGUAAAAUGCCAUUUUAAAGAACACAUAGUUAAUAAACAAGCUCCUAAAAAAAAAGAAUGUCUAGAAUUAAUUAAUAAAUAUCACAAUGUACUGCACAAUAAAGACUGGGUACAAGUAAAAACUUACGUUUACAACGUGUACAAAAAAAAAUAA